AUGAAUCGAAGCGAAUUUUGGGGAUGGAAUGAAGAUUAUGAGACGCUUCUACAUUUUUCGGAAUCGUUUGAUGGGAUGGCGAAUCGCAGUGAAAUCGAUUGGAAGUUUGCAGAAUCGCAAAUGAAUGAGACAAAAAAUUAUUUGUUGGGGAAACUCAAACGGAGAACACUGCUGGAUAAGUUUGUAGAAUGUUCAACUCAAAACUCCGAGAUAUUAUAUCGACUGAGAUUGUACGCAGGUAAUUUUAUAAAAGUAAUGAAGCCGCAUAUUAGGUUUGUGAGAAUGGAGAUUGCUAAACUGAGAGUUGAGCAGGAUUAUUUGACACAUUCACCAUGCAUAGAACCAACACGAUUGCAAAAAG